UGGUGCCUCUCAGUGUUGGCAUGGUGCUGCACGUGGUUCUUGUCAUUUUGAGCCUCUUGCCACUGCUGGAGGCCCAGAACCCAGACCCUGCCAACAUCACAGGCACAGCUAUUACCAACGACACGCUGAUCUGGCUCUCCGGCAAAUGGUUUUACAUCGGCUCCGCUCUACGCAACCCCACCUUCAAACAGGAGGCUCAAAAGAUACAGGCAGAAUAUUUUUACUUUACCCCCAACUUGACAGAUGACACUCUCCUGCUCCAGGAGUACCAGACCACGGAGGACCGGUGCGUCUUUAACUCCAGCAAGCUGGAAAUCCAGAGAGAGAAUGGGAUGCUCUCCAAAUUCGGUGAGAGCCAGCACUCAUGUGGAAGGAUCUGCCUCUGGGGGCGGCUAGAGGGAGCAGAAGAACAUGUUGCCCACCUGAAAGUGUUCAUGAAACACAGGGGCUUCAUGCUUGCCUUUGCCCUGGAAGACAAGAAGAUCUGGGGACUGUCCUUAUAUGGAGCGAAUAAGCCGGAUACUGCCCCAGAACUUCUUGAGGAAUUCCUGAAAGCUGUCAAAAGUCUGGGCAUGGAUGAGUCAGAAAUCAUAUAUACGGACUGGAAAAAGGAUAUGUGCAGUCAGCAGCAGCAGCAGCGUGAGCCAGAGAGAAAGAAGACAGAGGAGGGUCCCUAGAAAGGCCAGGCGUGGGUGGGCUCAGCUCUCUGUGUUCUGUUUUCAUGCUCACCACGCCCACCCUGUGCAUCUUGGUCCUUUCUCCACACCAAUAAAGGCUUGGGAAAACAUUCAAUAA